CUCGAAUAGGCUUUCGAUAUUUUUUAUAUCUUUAUUUUUCUUCAUCGAUCCGACCAUGGCUGAAGAAUCAACAAAGUUAUUAUUAAAGACUAGUUUCAAGCCAACCAAGACCAUUGAGUCUAUUUACACAGGUGGCAAAGUUGUCAUUACAGAAGAUGCUAAACAUUUAAUUACUACACUUAAUGAAGACAUUAUUGUUACUGAAUUUGAUACUGGAAAACAAGUGCAUGAAUUAGAAGGUGAUACUGAAAUCGUAACGACCAUGGCGGUGAAACCAAACGGUAAACACUUGGUUAGCGCAAGUCGUAGUUUAUUUCUUCGAAUUUGGGAUCUUGAAAAGGGUGAAUGUAUACGUACAAUGAAAGCCCAUGAAGCACCUAUUAUUGUUAUGGAUAUCGACUCCACUUCCACUUUAGUCGCGACCGGUUCUGCAGAUGCAACUAUUAAGGUGUGGGAUAUCGAUAAAGGCUACUGUACACAUAACCUAAAAGGACAUGGUGGUGUCAUCUCAGCUCUCAAGUUCCAUCAAUACAAUGGUAAAUGGUAUAUUGCUUCGGGUGCAGAUGACUGUCAGGUUCGUGUUUGGGAUCUUCAAAGUAGACGUUGUGUGGCUGUUUUGAAUAGUCAUGUCAGUGUCAUUCGUGGUCUAGACUUCUCGUCCGAUGGUAAAUAUCUAAUCUCAGGUUCGCGCGAUAAGGUCGUUAAUGUUUGGGAUUGGCAAGCCAAACAGUUAAGAGCAACCUAUCCCAUUCUUGAGACAAUUGAAUCAGUAGGAUUUUUGGAAAAGAAUGUAAAAUUAGCAACCAAGUUUGGUAAAGAUUGGCAAGAUGCAGAGAUCUUUUAUACUGCAGGUGAUGCAGGUGUUAUCAAACUUUGGGAUCUUAAGACAGGCCAGUUAAUUAAAGCUCAGGAACCUGAAAAGAAUAGUCAACAUACACUUUCAGAUAUCAUCUAUAUUAAAAAGACACACACAUUGGCAGCAGUAACGAACGAUCAAAACAUUUUGAUGUAUUCGUUAGAACAAAAAUUAAAACGCGUAAAGCAAAUUGUUGGUUAUAAUGAUGAAGUUGUCGAUGUUGCGUAUGUAGGAGAAGAUGAAACUCAUUUGGCUGCAGCAACAAAUAGUGCACAACUGAGAAUUUAUAAUGUAGAAACACAAGACUGUGAUCUUCUUUAUGGACAUAAUGAUAUGAUCAUAUCUUUGGAUCGUUCUAGAGAUGGCACACUUCUUGUAACUGCAUCAAAAGAUAAAACAGCACGUCUGUGGAAGAUUGAUUUAAAAAGUGAAAACAAAGAGGAUCGUUUUAAAAGUGCAGGUGUUUGUAUUGGUCAUACUGAGUCUGUUGGCGCUGUAGCUCUUUCACGUAAAUCAAAUUCUUUCAUGAUUACUGGUAGUCAAGAUAGGACAAUUAAAUACUGGAACCUUCGUGAUUUAAAUCUUCAGAAUGCAAAUGAAGAAUAUCGUCCCAAGGCACUUUAUACACAUCAAGCACAUGAUAAAGAUAUUAAUACAAUUUGUGUUGCUCCUAAUGAUAAAUAUUUUGCAACAGGUUCACAGGACAAGACAGCAAAGCUUUGGAAUGUGGACACGGGUGAAUUAGUUGGCACAAUGAAGGGUCAUAAGCGUGGUGUAUGGUGUGCACGAUUCUCACCUGUAGAUCAAGUUUUGGCAACAAGUGCUGGUGAUAAGACAGUGAAAAUUUGGAGUUUAAAGGAUUUUACAUGUUUGAAAACGUUUGAAGGACAUACAAAUUCUGUUUUGCGUGUUGAUUUCUUGACAGCUGGUAUGCAAUUGGUUUCUGCUGGCUCAGAUGGUCUUGUUAAAGUUUGGACAAUCAAGACAAAUGAAUGCGCUUCUACCUUGGAUAACCAUACACAGAAGGUUUGGGCUUUAGCUGUACGUAAAGAUGAGAAAUAUGUUAUUUCAGCUGGUGCUGAUUCUGUUAUUAAUUUCUGGGAAGAUGUUACUUUACAAGAACAAGAAGAGGAAUUAAAAGAAAAAGAGGAAUUAAUUAUAAAGGAACAAGAAUUACAAACCUUUAUGCGUAAAAAAGAUUAUUUAAAUGCUAUUUUACUAGCCUUAUCAUUAGAGCAACCUUUCCGUUUAUUGGGAUUAUUUAGAGAGGUUUAUGAAUCCAGAUCUGAAGAUGAUGAAACUAGUAUUACAGGAUCUGAAAAUGUAGAUAAGAUUUUGGCGGAACUAUCUAUUGAGAAUAUUGAAAAGUUGUUAGGUUACAUUAGAGAUUGGAAUACAAAUGCUAAGCAUUCAGAUAUUGCACAGACAAUUCUUUAUGCUAUCCUUUCAAGCCGUACAUCUGAAGAACUAGUAGAGAUUUCUACAGCUAAAGAGUUAAUUGAUGGAUUAUUACCAUACACUGACCGUCAUUAUCAACGUAUUGACGAUCUUAUUACACAGUCAUUUAUCAUUGAUUAUACUCUUCAAGCUCAAAAAUAGUUUUUUUUUUCUUUUGAAUUACUUCCUUUCUUUUGUAAUAUAUAUAUAUAUUUUUGUGUAGACCGAUUUCUUAACAUCUUUUUAAUUUCUUAAAACGAUUAUAUCAAACGUGUUUUUUUUUCUGGAAGUUUUAGUGUACAAUGAAUUUCAUAUUAUAAAAUUUAUAAAAAAAAAAUAUUUU